CCGUACCCUGUAUGGGUCGUGUACAUGUGGAUGCGUGUGUCCAGACGAGACGGUGUUUACUUCUGUCGAAUAAACCGUUCCGUUUCUACUUUCUAUGUGUUUUACUACGUGUCGCAAGGUAUAGGUUCCGCGUUAAAAGCCUGGUUACGCUAGGUUCGUUUCGACUCGCCCAGUUAGACAAGGAUACAAGAAUAAAGAUAAUGGUGCAAUUAAUUAAUAGCAGGUUUCUAAUUCCAAGUUCACCGCAUUCUAACGGAUGGAUUUACGUACUCCACGAUAUGAACUCAUAAAUCUGUAUUGCGCAGUAUGACUUAAUACUUGUUUGAAAACUAUUGGAGUAAGCUUGUACUUAAAACUUCUCGAAAGCAGCAUGGAUAAAUCAACUCCGUCGUGGAUGAGCCCACCUAAGCGUAGGAAAGUUCGUGACCUUUUAAAAAAAUUUGAAAACAAUCGAAAAAAUACGUCCGAGUCCGUAAUGACAUAUACUUUCAACAAAAAACGUAUUCGGCUUUUGAGCAAUUUCAAUGAUGUUAAAGAAAAUUCUAACGGGAUUUUGUAUUGGAUGUUCCGCGACGUUAGGUUACAAGACAACUGGGCAAUGCUUUUUGCGCAGAGGACUGCUUUGAAAAACAGUCUACCACUGCACGUAUGUUUCUGUCUAAUGCCAAACUUCCUCGACGCUUCCUUGCGGUAUUACAAGUUUCUUUUGAAAGGUUUGAUGGAAGUCGAGGAAGACUGUAAGGAGUUAAAUAUAAACUUUCAUCUUUUGCAUGGUGAACCAAAUGAGAGCGUCCUUAAGUUUGUAAAAAAGUACAACAUGGGAGCUGUAAUCGCAGACUUUUGCCCAUUAAAAUUACCUAUGUCAUGGAUCGACGACGUACAAAAGAAUCUCCCUAAAGAUGUACCCAUUUGCCAAGUGGAUGCUCACAAUAUUGUACCAUGUUGGCAUGCAUCGUCGAAGCAAGAAAUUGCUGCCAGGACGAUCAGAAAUAAAAUAAAUACGAAACUGGAUGAAUACCUAACAGAGUUUCCUCCUGUUGUAAAACACCCACAUUCGACAGAAGGAAAGUUUCAAAGUAACAAUUGGGAAACAACUUUGGAUAAUGUAGAAGCAGGUAAACCAGAGGAUGAAAUUAAAUGGGCUGAGCCUGGGUAUAAAAGUAGCAUAAGAGAACUAGAAGAUUUCAUAGAGACUCGUUUGAAAAGAUAUGCUGAGCAACGGAAUAAUCCCUUAUCUAAUGUCAUCAGUAAUUUGUCACCUUGGUUUCACUUCGGGAUGCUGUCGGUACAGCGUUGCAUUUUAGAAAUAAAAGAGCACAGAGAAUUAUAUAAACAGUCGGUUGAUUCAUUCAUGGAGGAAGCUAUCGUUAGAAAAGAGCUUAGCGAUAAUUUUUGUUUCUAUAAUGACAAAUACGAUCUCGUAGAAGGUGCCUACCCUUGGGCAAUAGAAACAUUGAACAAACAUCGGAAGGAUAAGAGGAAGUAUAUAUAUUCUUUAAGUCAGUUAGAAAAUUGUCAGACUCACGACGACUUAUGGAAUGCAUCUCAGAAUCAAAUGGUAACAAUGGGAAAGAUGCACGGCUUUUUAAGGAUGUACUGGGCGAAGAAAAUAUUAGAAUGGACCGAAUCACCUGAGAUUGCUUUGGAAUGGGCUAAUUACUUAAAUAAUAAAUACAGUAUAGAUGGCUGUGAUCCUAAUGGAUACGUGGGUUGUGUGUGGUCGAUAUGUGGUAUUCAUGAUCAUGGAUGGGGAGAGAGGGAUAUAUUCGGAAAAAUUAGGUACAUGAAUUACGAGGGGUGUAAACGAAAAUUUAACGUUCCCGAAUUCGUUGCAAAAUGGAAACAGAAGGAACUUGAUGAAUAGUCCGACCGGUAUACCCGAAUAUUUG